AUGGAUCACUUGUCCUCUUUCUCUAUAAAUGCAAAAGCAGUUAUUAUGAGUGCAUUUGAACAGUACCGUCUUAAGACCUGCAUUGACUUCAAACCUUGGGAAGGAGAAAAGAAUUACAUAUCAGUAAUUAAAGAAAAUGGGUGCUGGUCUUAUGUAGGAAAUAAUCAAGAUGGAAGACAGGAACUGUCAAUUGGAGAUAGAUGUGACCAUAUUGCAGUAGUGGAGCAUGAAUUUCUACAUGCUCUUGGGUUUUGGCAUGAGCAGUCCAGAGCAGAUCGAGAUGAUUAUGUCACAAUAAUGUGGGACAGAAUUGAGCCUGGAAGAGAACACAACUUCCUCAAAUAUGAUGACAUCGAGACAGAUUCUCUCAAUGUGCCGUAUGAUUACACUUCUUUGAUGCACUAUGAAAAAUAUUCUUUCCAGAAAGGAUCAGAACCAACAAUAGUCACCAACAUAUUAGAGUUCACAGAUGUGAUUGGACAACGUUUUGAUUUCAGUGAUUACGAUCUUCAGAAACUGAAUCGACUAUAUAAUUGCACUUCAUCACUGAGCUUCAUGGACCAGUGCAGUUUUGAAUUUGAAAACAUCUGUGGUAUGAUCCAGGGAUCAGCUGACGAUGACUGGAAACGUUUGUCUGAUGUUAAUGCAGGACCUUCUUCAGACCAUACAUUAAUGGAACAAUGCAGAGAUGCAGGUUAUUUCAUGCACUUUAAUACGAGUUCUGGGACAACUGGCAAGAAAGCCAUUCUUGAAAGCCGGAUCCUGUACCCUAAAAGAGGAUUUCAGUGCCUGCAGUUCUAUUACUACAACAGUGGCAAUGAGGAUGAUGAACUCAAUGUCUGGGUGCGGGAAUAUACAUCAAGUAACCCAGCUGGAAAACUGAAACACGUUGGGCAAGUUAAAGGUCAACCUUUGGACAACUGGGAGCUUCAUCAUUUUAGUAUGAGUGUCACAAACAAGUUCCGUGUUGUGUUUGAAGGAGUAAAAAGCUCUGGAGCAUCUAUGGGAGGUAUCUCCAUCGAUGACAUCAACCUUUCAGAAACAAAGUGUCCUACACAUGUUUGGCAUAUUAGAAAUUUCACUCAUCUUCUAAACACCAGUCCUGCUGGGGAAGCUGGAAGUAUUUUCAGUCCACGCUACUUCACAAGUGAGGGCUAUGGUUUUCAGAUUAAUCUGUAUGUAAAUGGCACUAGUUCAUUCCCUACUUAUAUGGCAGUAUAUUUCCAUCUUACCUCUGGAGACAAAGACAAUGCACUGCAGUGGCCUUUUUCAUGGAAACAAGUUACAAUAUCACUACUAGAUCAAAAUCCAGACAUUCGUCGCAGCAUGUCGAAUCAGAGAAGUAUUACUACGGACCCAAAUCUAACCUUUACAUCAGGUUCCUUUACUUUCGUGUUUUGGGACAGACCAGACAAAGUAGGAAUCAAUAUUAGCAUGCCUGAUGGAAGCAGUUUCUUCAGAGGACCAGGGUAUGGAACAGCUGCUUUCAUAGAACGCAACAGGCUACAAAGCAGAGAAUUUAUCAAAGGAGAUGAUGCCUAUAUUUUAGUGACUGUUGAAGAUGUUUCGCACCUUUUACCCUCUCAGGCCAAACCUACUUCAUCUUCAGUAACUGUUCCUUCCUCUUGUUCUGAACUCAGCUGUAAAAAUGAUGGCGUCUGCAUCAUAGAAAACAACAAACCUGUAUGCAGAUGCCAAGCAAGUGAUGAGUGGUGGUUCAUGGGAGAGCAAUGUGAAAAGAAAGGCAAGGCUGAUGAUACAGUAAUAAUAGCAGUUUCCUCUUCUGCUGCUGUGCUUGUUGUCAUGCUGAUAAUCAGCAGCGUCAGUAUUUAUUGCGUAAAAAGAAAAUACAAGAACUAACUCAUUUCCAGACCGCCAGGGCAGCUCAUGGAAAAGACUCUAUACGAAGAUUCAGAAAAAUGCUUCACUGAGGAAGGAAAAGAAGUAAUCGCCAUCACAAAGAGAACCUAUAGAGUUCACAACAUCUUCAGAUAUACAAAAGUCAUUUUAUUUUUGUUUUACAAAACUGUUCUAUAUAUGAUAAACAUGUCAAAUUAAUUAAAAUUAUAAAUGAAGAUGCUUUGAAUCUGCAAUGGAAAUUUUUCAUAGGAAGAAAACAGUGUCUUGAGAAACUGCAAAGAAAAUAAAUGGGCAAAACUGUUUAUUAUGCUAUUUAUCUUCUCUUGUCUCAAAUAAAAGUUUA